UGUUCAGGGAGACCAGUCCCCUUUAACCCCCUUCCUCCCUCCCUCCCUUCUUCUCUGCCUUUCUCCCAUUUGUUUCCUUCCGGAAGAGAGUGGAAGGGAGGGGGCCAGGACCGCAUCAUUCUGCUUCGCUGCUGCAGGGCCAGAGGAGCAGGUGGAGAGGAAAGAGGAACGCUCGCGGCGGAGUGCAGAGACCGCAGUGACGCUGCCCUGAAGAGAUGGCGGCCCAGCGCCUCUGAAUAAGCAAAAUCCCAGCCUGUUCUCCUGCUGCUGCCGGCGCAGCGCAGCACCAUGGUGCACCGCUGCUGAUCGGCAAAGGAGGACCAGUCCCGGCGACAAAUAAAUAGUGCAGCAACUGCCACCCCUUCCCAGAUUUUCUUCUUUUGAUUCUCCAUAUUCAAUUUCCCUUCAAAUAUUCAGCCUCUGUAGUUGCUGCUGGUAGUAAAGCUUCUGAGGAAGCAUUCUUCCCUUUAACUACCUCCCUCUUUAUUUUCCUUCUCUUCUCAUCCUAAUUUCUUUUCCGGGCCCCACCCCACCCCCUGCAUCUUUUCUUCCCUCCCGUGUCCACUCACCUCCUCCCCUUUCCAUCCAUCACAACAGCUAUGGCUGCAGAGGAGGUUUUGCAGAGCUUGGAUCAUUAUAAGACUGAGAUCGAAAGGUUGACUAAGGAGCUCACUGAAACAACCCACGAAAAGAUACAGGCUGCUGAAUAUGGCCUGGUGGUCUUGGAAGAGAAGCUCACUCUGAAACAGCAGUAUGAUGAGCUGGAAGCUGAAUACGAUGGCCUUAAGCAAGAGCUAGAGCAGCUAAAAGAGGCAUUUGGACAGUCAUUUUCCAUACAUCGCAAAGUAGCUGAAGAUGGAGAGACUCGUGAAGAAACACUCCUGCAAGAAUCUGCUUCCAAGGAAGCCUAUUAUCUGGGAAAGAUUCUGGAAAUGCAGAACGAGUUGAAGCAGAACAGGACUGUGGUCACCAACAUUCAAGCAGAGAAUGAGAGACUCACAGCUAUUGUUCAGGAUCUGAAAGAGAACAAUGAGGUGUUAGAGCUGCAGAGAAUAAGAAUGAAGGAUGAAAUUCGAGAAUAUAAGUUUCGAGAAACCCGCCUCCUUCAGGACUACACUGAAUUAGAAGAGGAAAAUAUAACUUUACAGAAGUUAGUGUCCACAUUGAAACAAAACCAGGUGGAAUAUGAAGGCUUAAAGCAUGAAAUUAAACGAUUUGAGGAAGAGAUGGUAUUGCUAAAUAGCCAGCUAGAAGAUGCCAUCCGGUUGAAAGAAAUUGCUGAGCACCAACUAGAAGAAGUCCUGGAAACUUUAAAAAAUGAAAGAGAACAAAAGAACAACCUGAGGAAGGAACUCUCCCAGUAUAUUAAUCUUAAUGAAAGUGUGUACAAUAAUCAUAUCAAUAUCUCAGUAGAUGGACAAAAAUUUGCAGAGGAUAUGAAUGAACCAAACAAUGAUGACAAAAUGAAUGGACAUAUCCAUGGGCCACUUGUAAAACUGAAUGGAGAUUAUCGGACUCCAGGAAGGAAAGGAGAAACCCUACACCCUGUCUCUGACUUAUUCAGUGAGCUUAACAUUUCAGAAAUGCAAAAACUGAAGCAGCAACUUAUGCAGGUAGAGCGAGAAAAAGCCAUUCUUCUAGCCAAUCUUCAGGAGUCUCAAACUCAACUGGAACACACAAAGGGGGCACUAACAGAACAGCAUGAACGGGUUCAUAAGCUGACAGAACAUGUCAAUGCCAUGAGGUGCCUACAGAGCAACAAAGAACUGAAGGGAGAGCUGGAUUGUGAGAAGGGCAGGAACUCAGGGGAACAAACCCAUGACUAUGAAGUUGAUAUCAAUGGCUUAGAAAUUCUUGAAUGCAAAUAUAAGGUUGCUGUUACAGAGGUGAUUGAUCUGAAAGCUGAAAUUAAGGCCUUGAAAGAGAAAUACAAUAAGUAUGUAGAAAACUACACAGAAGAAAAGACCAAAUAUGAGAGCAGGAUCCAAAUGUAUGAUGAGCAGGUGACAAAUCUGGAAAAAACUACAAAAGAGAGUGGUGAGAAAAUGGUCCAUAUAGAAAAAGAGUUGCAAAGGAUGACAAGUAUAGCUAAUGAAAACCAUAAUACCCUUAAUACAGCACAAGAUGAACUUGUGACAUUUAGUGAAGAGUUAGCUCAACUUUACCACCAUGUAUGUCUGUGUAACAAUGAGACUCCCAAUAGGGUCAUGUUGGACUAUUACAGGCAAAGCAGAGUAACCCGCAGUGGAAGCCUGAAAGGACCAGAUGAUCCCAAGGGACUCUUGUCACCACGACUCACCAGGAGAAGUAUGGUGUCAUCUGUAGAAACAAAAACCCAAUCAGAAUCAGUUUUGAAAGAAAACACAGAGGCCAAUAAAGAACAAAGUCCAACUAAAACACCAACAAUCUCUCCUGUCAUUACUGCCCCUCCUUCAUCUCCAGUGUCAGACACCAGUGAUAUUCGAAAAGAACCAAUGAAUAUCUACAAUCUGAAUGCCAUUAUUAGGGAUCAAAUCAAACAUCUACAGAAAGCAGUGGACCGGUCAUUACAACUAUCACGUCAACGAGCAGCUGCAAGAGAACUGGCUCCAAUGAUAGACAAAGACAAGGAAGCCUUAAUGGAAGAGAUUCUGAAAUUAAAGUCACUGCUGAGUACAAAACGGGAGCAGAUAGCCACAUUGAGGGCAGUAUUAAAAGCCAACAAACAGACAGCUGAGGUGGCCCUAGCUAACCUGAAGAAUAAAUACGAAAAUGAAAAAACAAUGGUGACUGAGACCAUGACAAAACUUAGAAAUGAAUUGAAGGCCUUAAAAGAAGAUGCAGCAACUUUCUCAUCCUUGCGUGCCAUGUUUGCAACCAGAUGUGAUGAAUAUGUUACCCAAUUGGAUGAAAUGCAAAGACAGCUAGCAGCUGCAGAGGAUGAGAAGAAGACACUAAAUUCACUCUUACGGAUGGCUAUUCAGCAAAAACUCGCCUUGACUCAGCGACUGGAAGACUUAGAGUUUGAUCAUGAGCAGUCCCGACGAAGCAAAGGCAAGCUUGGAAAGAACAAGAUCGGCAGCCCUAAAGUAAGUGGGGAGGCAUCAGCCACCGUGCCCACCAUAGACACUUUCUUCCUGCAUAGUCAGGGCCCACAGCCACCAAACAUACUGGUCAGCAGUGGCACUCAGAGGAAAAGACAAUUUUCACCUUCCCUUUGUGAUCAGAACCAUCCCAGGACUUCAGGGGCUUUCUACCAUCAGCAUUUAUUAAGAGUCCCCCCUGAUCCCACCUCCACAGAAUCAUUUCUUCUGAGGGGCCCCCCUUCCCUGAGUGAAUUCCUCCAAGGGUACCGGCUCAACAAGGAAAAAAAGUUAACUGUGGCACCACCAGUUCUAAUGUCAUUCUCCCUGAAGAGCAGCCACAUUCCAGUUCUCAAUGUGCCCCUCUCAACUGUCUUUCUCAGCCUCCUAAUCCCUAGUCUUCAUCUUCAACAGACAAAAAAAAAUGGAAUGGAAUUUGUACAACCAUUAUGCAGGCUACUUCCCAAGAUUCAGCAGGCAUUUCUGCCUGAUUGGGAACAUGAAUAAAACUUGGUUCAUUUCUACACUAUUGGAAAUCAAGAGAAGAUUGAGAAAUAUACUUAUAAGUACAGAGGCCAGUCUGACAGGACACUUGAUGGUUUCUCUGAUCAUGUACAAACUUAGAUAAAGAAUGUUCUGUGAUAAGAACUUAAAAAAAAAAAGAAUGAAAAAGAAAAUUUUGUUUUCAGAUGCUUGGCUCUAUCUCUGUAAUAAGCCAAUAUAAAAUAAAUGGUAGACAAAUCAUAAAAUCCUAUAAUCCUCAGUCAGCCACAGAAUUCUGAUUCAGAUUUUUUUUCAGUCAAUGGUAUUUAUUUUAUUUUUAUUUAUUAGCACCACAAUUUUUUUAGUAAACUAUAAACCAAUUGUGGAAAGGGUAUAUGUACAUUUUAAUGUUUAAAUAAGGAAAAUUAGCUGAAUUAAGUUUGAUUUUAAUUAUUUAAAAUUGGCCUGAAUUUGGCCAUUUUUAUUGCACAAAAUAAAAAAUUAUGGUUCAUUGGAAUAUUCAUGUUAACUUUGUAUUUGCACUGGUUUGUUUAUGCAUUUAUUUUCUAAUUAGUUAUUUAUUAGUUACUGAUUUUAUAAUAAUUUCCUACUGAAAACCAAUUGUUAAGUCUAAGAAAGAUUUUAAUUAUGAUCAUUUACUUUUAUUCAAUUGUUUGAUUACAUCCUUUUUUUUUUUUUUUUUUUUUUUUUAGGACUUUAUACAAGUAGAUGAACUGGUGCUGUUCCAUUUUUAUGUGCUAACUCAUAAAGGAAUGCUAAACAAUUUGACAAAAUCAUGUGUUCAUUUAAUUUUUUUCUCUCAAAAAUUCAAGGUCUCAAUGUGAGUCUUUACCUGUGAAAAGAUUAUAAGUACAGAUAUCAAAAGAUAUACAUGUAUAAAAAACAUCUUUUAAAAAAUUAGUUCACUUAGGUAAGGUUGAAUAUUUGGAAUGAAGUUGAUAUAAAUAAGUCUGAUCUUUUUUCUGCAAAACUUCCUUGCCAAAAACAAUAAAUAAACCUUAGUGCAUUGUCAGCUUAUGACAAAUACUCAGGUGCCUAUGAUACACAGAUUCUCUAGUGACAGUUCAGUGUUCCUAGUUAAGUUACAGAUUCUUUUAAAGUUUCCUAGAACAUAAUUUAAAGUACUGAAUUUACACAAUUAGUCAAAAAUAGCCGACUUUAUUUUGCACAAUAACCUGACAGACAAGGAAAAUAGCUAAUUGAUCUAUAGAAUCCAAAAAUUUUGGGCUUCUCAUUAAAUACUACUCAUAAAUUGUUCUUACUCCCAAUUCCUUGCUCUUAGUCAGGUAGCCUUAAUUUAUUUAGAGAAAAAAAGGGUUUGAUAUUUUCAUGUGACAAUAUCCAUGACUUCUCUAUAAAUUCCACACUAAAAAUAGUCCACAUUUUUUCACAGAAUCAUGGAUUUAGAGGUGGAAAGUAACUUUGAGAUCAAAUCAAAUCCAUCUCCCUCAUUUUACAUAUGGACAAAUCAGGCUUAGAGACUAGACUAGUUCAUGUGCAUACUUCUAAUAAAUACAUGCCAGAGACAGAUGAGUAAUCUUCUGAUGUAGUAUAGGGUGAUUGACAACAGAGGCUAAUUUAGAAUCAUUCAGGAAUUUAAGGGAUAUCAGAUUCAAUGGUUUUUAAAUUCUAAGGCAUAAAGUACUUUUUGUUUCCAGAAAUGUAUACCUGUCAUAUAUCAAUCAAGAAGCAACAACCAUCAUUUCCAAAAGCAACUAAAGAAUUUACUUUCAUGUAUAACAUGUGCAGCAGGACCACUUAUUAAAAGCAAAUUGAGGUAAAUGGUGAGAUUCUGCACAAAACAAAUAUUAAAGUUUAGGUUCAGAGAAAUUUAAAAAACAAAUCUUCAGCAAAAUUGAAACAGAACAACUUUCUGUUUCUCGAUGCAUUACCAAGCUCAUCUUAUUUUGCCGUGGCCAUCCAGAGUCAUGCAUAUGUAGUGUGUACAUUUUUAUUACUGGUCAGUCAGCAUUUUUUUUUUUAUGGAAGCAUGAUCAUGCUGUUUCCAUCUUCAAUGUAACAUAGCUGCUACAUAAAUUUUUUAAAUAAACACUCUUGUGCCUGAGGAAAGAUUUGCCUUUAAAAAGGAGCUCAGAACACCUUCCUAGAUUUACUCAUUAUUCUCCUUUAUGGUACUGGGAAUACAACAGGAAAUACUAUUCUUAAAUUACAUGUGAAUGUAUCAGUAAUACUCUGCUACAUAUCUGGAUAUCUGGACUCAAUUUAUAACCCAGUGCAAAACCAUUAGAAAAUACAAAGACUAUUUCUUCCCUCUAAUUCAGACAAAAGUAUUAUCUCUAAUUCUACAGCAUAUGUUUGAUAUUAAAAAUUUGUUUUGAAAUGCCAAAGGGGUGAAAAAAGGUUGCUUUGAAGCAUUUACAAAAUACUUAUUUUAGCUAAAACUUGCUAGAAUGUGAAAAGCAGUUCGUAUUCAUAAAAUCAUAGGAUCUUAACCAUCAUCUAGGACUACUACUCUUUAUAGCUGAUGAUACAGGUCCAAAAAUUUUGCAUGACUUGUCUGAAGGAAUCACAAUAUUAGAAAGAGCCAACCUGAAAAAUAGAAAUAACCCACAGCAACAAAUAAUAAAAAAUAAAAACAAAAACAAAAGCCUUGACUAAAUAAAAACAGAAAAGAUUUAGGGAUUGCAAUAGGUAAGGAUGCUGUAACUGCUUUGUUGUUGUUUUAAAGAAGUGCAGUAGUAGUGUCCAUUGUUAGGAGAAGAUGAGACAGGAAGGGAUCAUAAGAUAAUUGUUCAUUUACCGAACUACUGACUGCAAUUCAGCUGGUUCUAGGCUCCAAGUCAAAAGAAUUGUUCAAGAUGCUAAGAAAACUAAAAUCACUAAAUAUUGCGAAAAUGCCUGCUAAGGAAGAAGGGAGAUUGUUCAGGUAGUAGAAGACAAGGAAGAAUCUUCAAAGAGAAGAAGAGUUUUAAACAAAGGGUAAUGAACCUUUUUUUGUUUUACAUCACUAAGAAUAGAAGAAGAAAUAAGAGGAUUAACAGGUUAGUUGGGAGGUUUAAGUUAGUUAAAAAUAUUUUUCAAAUAAACAUUACAUUAAAAUGGAUUAUUAUGGAAGUUUGUGGAAUCUCCUUUAGAGUAGAGACACAGUUGUUUGGUAUAGUUUAAAUAGAGUCAGGUUACUAUGCCUUAAAGUAUCAUAGCUCUAAUAAUUUUGUGAAAAUCUAAAAGAAAAAUAUUUUAAAUUCUCAGAUUGGACAUAAAGACACUUGGUAAUCUUUGAAAAAUAAGUCAAUAGUCUUAGCAUUUUUCCAGUGUACCUAUCCAGUAUUUGUUUUUUGAAGAAUAGACAAGAAUAGUUUCUUCCUAUCAAGAUAAUGGGCAUCCUUGUUUCACCCUCUUUCUAUCAAGCAGUAUUUUCUAUACUAUCUUUUUAUAAUUUUCAAAACACUGAAAUUAAUAGAAAAAACUACCAUGAUUAUCAGAGGACAAUAAAACAAAUAUGCUCAGUGAUAUUUAGGAAAUCAAUGGUGAACAUUUCCCUAUAAAAACCUUUAAAAUCUGUCCAUUUCAGAAAAGAAAUUUGAGCCUACAGCCAUAUAAGCAGCUGUCUGGAUGUGAAUACAUUUAUUUUUUUCCAUAUAUUGGAAAAGUUAUUUCCAAAUAUAAAUUUAACCAUGGCCACAUAAGGCCAAUGAUGAACAUGUGAAUCAAAUGACUUGCACCAAAAAAAAAAAAAAAAAAAAAAAAAAAAAGAAAAAGAAAAAGGAAAAGAAAGAAAGAAAAAGGAAGGAAAAAAGAAAGAAAAAGAAUUAUAAAGUGUGAAGAAGAGGAGCAAAUAAAGGAAAAUAUAUUUUCUACUACAGUAUGAAUAUCAAUUUCCAUGUUUGACUGUUCAUUGCUAAUCACCAUAAGAAACCAUAUCUUUCAAAAAUCUUUUCUGGAUUAUGAAUUGGUUGAAUGAAACUGCUAUGUUUAAAUAAGUUUGAAAAGAAAUGGAAAAAUAAUACCUACUUCUUCAGAAAACUGCUAACUUAGAGUUGAGGGUAUAACCAUUACUAAUAAUAAGACUAACAGAGUCCUCAGUUCUUUUAAUUUUUUUAAAUAAAUGUUCAAUAGUCCUUUUGUGUCCAUGAUAAAUUCAUCUACUUCACAAAAUGCUUUCUGAAAAGAACCUUUUUUUUUUUUUUUUUUUUUAAAGAUGGGGACACUGAUUCUGAGGAGGUGAAGUCAACUGAUAUUUUACUUUUGCAGCUUGAUCAUGUUAACACCCAAAACAUUGUAGCUGUUAUCAUCUAGAUUUUGUUCUCCUAAUACACAUAAUAGUAUAUUCAGGGGUCAAAAAUAUUUCUUAUUAAUGAUUUGUCCUUAUUUAUAUUUUAUCAAAAAAGUUUUUUAAAAACUACCUUAGCUUAAUGGCACAGGUACUUAUAAAUAUGCAAUAUCACAUGUUUGCAUGAGAUUUUUUUUUAGUCAUGUAAGUUUUCUCAUAAUCAUCAUAUAAAUACUUUAGAAUUCUUAUUUUUCCUGUGAUUCCUUCUCCAUGAGGAAUGUGAUACAUGUGCUUGUUCUCCUUUACAUAAAGAAAUGCAUGGCUUUAAUCUUCAGUUCAUUUUAAACUUUUUUAUUGUGGAGUUAUUUAAAGUUUACCUAUUAAAACUGAAGACUACAUAAACUGCUAGGCCAAAUCACUUUUUGUGUGAUUAGUAUUUAUUUGCUGGCUGCUAAAAUUCUGAUUUUUUUUUUAAUUAACAGUUUUUAGAAUUACCUGUUAAUCACUGUUUCUUAGUGGAAACAUUAGAAAAUUAAUCUAAUAGUCCUCUCUAUAAAGAUAUAACUUAUUAAAGCAAUUUUUAUAUAUAAACAUUUGACACCAGAGAACCAAAAAAAAAAAAAAAAAAAGGUAAGGAAAAUGUUAAAAAGCAACUAGCCAAUCUUAUAGAAGAACCAUUAUUUGUGAUACUGGUAGUUAUUUAAAAAAAAAAAAAAAACAAAAAUCAUUCGCUUCUUUCAGUUCACAGUAAUGAUUGCAAAACAGAUCUCCAAGGAAAUAAAUUACGUUUGAACUGUUGCCACAAAUUUCAAACAUAACUUGACUUAGUCAAUUUAUUGAGUCUUUGAAAAUUAGUUUUAUGACAUUUUAAUAAUCUAUUAUGUUUUUAUUUGCAUGAUGCUCCAUAUCUAAUGAACCAUUCAGAAUUCUUUAUCUUUCUUUAUACUAUUAACAUUGGUGCAAUAUUUGGUAAACUUUGAUUUCUAUUUUGUAUAAUUAUUACUUUAAUACUUUAACUUUUCAUUGAAAAAAUGUUGUUUUGUCCCUUCAGAGUUAAAUGAUAUGGAAAUUUUUUAGAUAGUAAUAAUCUUAUAUACUGAUUAAUUUCAAAACUCAUAUCAAAACUCUUCUUGUGUUGCAAAUUGUUUUGCAAUUGAAUUGCAAAACUCAUGAAUCAAAUGAACUUUGUUGUCCCGUGUAUAGAUUUGUUUUUAAAAAGAAAAUAUUUUUCAUGCAAAUUUAUCAUCCCCUGUUUUAUUUAACUGUGGACAAUCCUAGAUGAAUGUCUCGUGAAGGAGUCAUACAAUAUGUGCUUGUUAUUUGUACAGUUUUUGCUUUGAAAUGGUUGGAAAAGCUGCUCUAGAAUUAAGAAAAUAACAGGAAGUUAAUGAUAUUGAUUCUUACCUCUUCGUUACCAGUUGAAUGCAGUGUAACAACAUAGCUCUUCCAACAGUAAAUAAACUUGUUAUCUUUUGUUCAUUUCA